AUGAUCAAUCAAACAGCUUAUUUGGAGUUUAGAGAUUUACGGGACCAAAACCAGGACUUAAAGAAUACGUUGGAGUCUAAAACCGAAAAAAUUGAAGUCCUGCAAAGGGAAGUCAAGGAUCUGAAGAGCCAAAACGAUAAGUUGAAGAAUUCUUUGGUUUCCAAAAAUAAAGAAAUGAAUGCUCUAAGAGACAAGAUCAAUACGCUUGAAAAUGAAAAGAAGACUUUGGAAGUCGAAGUUGAACGAUUGGAGAAUGAAUUCCAGGUUUCGAAAGAGGAGAACAAGAAACGGGAGGAACAAAUAACCAAACUAACCCUGAGUUAUGACAAAGUUUCGAAGAAAAUUGAGAGAAUGACUAAGGAUCGCGAAGAAAGUAAGGUUGAAAACAAAACUUUGAAAAGGGAAAUCAGCGAUCUUCGAGAUGAAAACAGUGGUUUAAAAAAAAAAGUAGAUGAUCUUCAAGAAAAUAUCCAACGAUUGGAGUACUCUGAGAGGAUUGGAAGCCUACCUUUGACAAUGGGAAGCCCCACUCCAGUUGAGAAGGCUGCGAUUAUUCUUGGUGAAAUGCGCACCCGAGUGCUGGCGAUGAUGUACCAGAAAGUGCAUCCAGAUAAAUAUGAAGACGAUUGUUCGUACACACUGAAAAACAUCGAAGAAGACAUCGAAGACAUAGAAGACGAAGGAGCUAGACAAGAAGCGAAGUAUAAAUGGGAAGAGUUGAAAAAGAAACUAAACUGGAAUAAAAGCCUUCACCCCAGAAUACUGAAAGCGAUCGGGAAGGAAAGAAACAUUGUAGCUCACCCUAGGUCGCUUACGAAGGGUUUACUUCUUCAAUCAGUAGAAGACAUGGAAGAGGCAGGAAAACUCCGAGGCUGGAUGUCUUUUUCUCGUGUCAAUGAAAUAAUAAACGUAUGGGAACUUCUAGGACAAAUGGAGUAG